CCCCGCCCCCGGCCCUAGGCCGGCGGCGCCUUUGAUGUUCGGACCCGCCAGCUCCUGGAGCCGCUCUGCCCCGCGCCCUAGCCCGCGCCUGUAGCCCGCCCAGGCGGAGUCAGCCCGCGCUCCGGCCGCCGCGAUUCGGGUUCGGAGGUUCGGACUCCGGGCUCGCCGCCCCCCGGGCCGGCUCUGCGCCCCUCACUCCCUACGCCCCGCGCCCCGGCGGGCGGAGCGCACUAUGCCGCAGCUGGACUCCGGCGGGGGCGGCUCGGGCGGCGGCGACGACCUCGGAGCGCCGGACGAGCUGCUGGCCUUCCAGGAUGAGGGCGAGGAGCAGGACGACAAGAGCCGCGACAGCGCCGCGGGUCCCGAGCGCGACCUGGCGGAGCUCAAGUCGUCGCUGGUGAACGAGUCCGAGGGCGCGGCUGGCGGCGCGGGGAUCCCGGGGGUCCCGGGGACCGGCGCCGGGACCCGCGGCGAGGCCGAGGCUCUCGGGCGGGAGCACGCUGCGCAGAGACUCUUCCCGGACAAACUUCCAGAGCCCCUGGAGGACGGCCUGAAGGCUCCGGAGUGCGCCAGCGGCAUGUACAAAGAGACCGUCUACUCCGCCUUCAAUCUGCUCAUGCACUACCCACCCGCCUCGGGAGCAGGGCAGCACCCCCAGCCGCAGCCCCCGCUGCACAAGGCCAGUCAGCCUGCCCAUGGUGUCCCCCAACUCUCUCCUCUCUACGAACAUUUCAGCAGCCCACACCCCACCCCUGCACCUGUGGACAUCAGCCAGAAGCAAGUUCCUAGGCCUCUGCAGACCCCUGACCUCUCUGGCUUCUACUCCCUGACCUCAGGCAGCAUGGGACAGCUCCCCCACACUGUGAGCUGGCCCAGCCCUCCUCUCUACCCCCUGUCCCCUUCCUGCGGAUAUAGACAGCACUUCCCUGCCCCCACUGCAGCCCCUGGCGCCCCUUACCCCAGGUUCACCCACCCAUCCUUGAUGCUCGGCUCUGGUGUACCUGGUCACCCAGCAGCCAUCCCCCACCCCACCAUUGUGCCCGCCUCAGGGAAGGAGCUGCAGCCCUACGACCGCAACCUGAAGACACAAGCAGAGUCCAAGGCAGAGAAAGAGGCCAAGAAGCCAACCAUCAAGAAGCCCCUCAAUGCUUUCAUGCUGUACAUGAAGGAGAUGAGAGCCAAGGUCAUCGCAGAGUGCACACUUAAGGAGAGCGCUGCCAUCAACCAGAUCCUGGGCCGCAGGUGGCACGCGUUGUCGCGAGAAGAGCAGGCCAAGUACUACGAGCUGGCCCGCAAGGAGAGGCAGCUGCACAUGCAGCUUUACCCAGGCUGGUCGGCGCGCGACAACUAUGGGAAGAAAAAGAGGCGAUCAAGGGAAAAGCACCAAGAAUCCACCACAGACCCUGGCUCGCCUAAGAAAUGCCGUGCUCGCUUUGGCCUCAACCAGCAGACGGAUUGGUGUGGUCCGUGCAGGAGGAAAAAGAAAUGCAUUCGGUACUUACCCGGAGAAGGCCGCUACCCCAGCCCCGUUCCUUCCGAUGACAGUGCUCUAGGCUGUCCCAGGUCCCCAGCUCCCCAGGACUCACCCUCAUACCAUCUGCUGCCCCACUUUCCCACAGAACUGCUUGCUAGCCCUGCGGAGCCGGCACCUACAUCCCCAGAUCUCUCCACUGCUUUCAGCCUCCCAGCCCCAGGGCCCCCACAGGCCCCCCGCAGCGCCUUGCAGAGUACACAGGUACAGCAACAGGAAUCUCAGAGACAGGCGGCCUAGCAGGUACAGGACACCUGGCCUCCUCCAGGAGCCUACCCACUGAGAGGAAGCAAGAGAGACCCAGACUGCAUGGAUAUCAGCCAGGGGUCCUGUUAACUCUAUUUCAGGGUCCAGACCCUGAAGAUUUCAGAGGCUGCACAACUUCUGCCUGAACCUGACAUCAUCGAUUCAAACUGCUCCAAGUGGUAGGAAUCAGAUCUGUGUUGAUGUGUCACCUAAUUAAGGGCAUAUCUUGUAGCUAUGGCUGCCUGCAUCUAUUCUUUUUACCAUCUGUCUUGCCAGCCAGAAGCCUCUGCCUCCCUAGCUUUUCCGCUAUAGGUCAGAGAUGGGCUGAACUGAGCCUAGCUACCUUCUCUACCCAUCUCCCCUAUCCCCCACUGCCACAUCCUCCCCAUACAGAUACUUCAUGGACCAAGAAUGAGCUGGUUUAUCUAACACAAAGCUCAAGAUGACAACCCUUCUCUUUUAAGGAAAUGGAGAAGCUCUAUUUAUAAAAAACCAGCUGCUACUCAUAAGUUGGACCAGAGGAAGCUUCUAUGUUCUCAGGAGCUUGCAAGAAGCAGGGGUCGGGAGGCAGAUUGAAUAGGUUAAGUUUAGGCCUGUCAACCUAAGUAACAGAAAUAACCUGACACUACCUUCUCAGGCAAGUUGGGGAGCGGAGGGUGUAAUUUGGCUGUCGUUCAAAUUACUUGGAAAUGUUUCCUGAGAAACUCACUAGCCUAAGAAGCUCUGAUACCAAGGUCCCAGGCUUGUCACCAACAGCUACGAGAAGUCAUGGCCCAAAUUCAGUGUGCACCCCUCCCCAUUCAGAGAGCCUUUUUCACAAUUCCAUUUCCAGUUCAUCCAUGGCAGUCCAGCCAGCUCCUGGGCGGCUGUGAGACAGCAAACCCAAAACCUCACAACAGCCAGAGCCUGUCUUCCAGCAUUCAGUCCAUGGGCCAGCUGCAGUUUCCCCAUGGGGCUGCAGGACAGAGGACCAUUACAGCUAAAUCAAGGAGCCCAGAAAACCUCCAGUGGUGGACAACAGGUCUUCAUCACAGCCUACUUUAACUCAUUUUUGAGCCAAGCUUCAACCCUGAGCCUUGAAAAACAAGUUUUUAAAUUUUUGUUUCUUGCCUCCUCACCCUGUGUAGCCUGAAUCCAAAGAAAAAAGGGCUGUCCAGCCAGGUGUGGUGGCUCACGCCUGUAAUUCCGACACUUUGGGAAGCCGAGGCAGGCAGAUCACCUGAGGUCAGGAGUUUGAGACCAGACUGGCCAACAGAACCUCAUCUCCACUAAAAACAUAAAAAUUAGCCAGGCAUGGUGGUGUGUGUCUGGCAUCCCAGCUACUCAGGAGGCUGAGGCAGGAAAAUCACUUGAACCUGGGAGGCAGAGGUUGCAGUGAGCCAAGAUCACACACCUGCACUCUAGCCUGGGCAACAGAGGGAGAUUCCGUCUUACAAAUAAAAAAAAGGCUGUCCAUGUACUCAUACAACCCUCAAAAAAAGCCUUUAGUUCCUACUUUAGCCACUGGUUUCUCAGACUCCAAAGACCACAUAUUCUAGUGUUAACACUGCAAGAAGUCUUGAGAAAAAAAGAUUAUUGUAGUGUUCAAAGUAUUUUUGUAUUGUUAAUGCAUCAUCAUAGAAAAACUUUUUUAAACAUGGGAAUAAAGAUAACUUUUUACUGGGUUUGUUUUUCAAAA